AUGCCUUCCAUUCCACCCACAAUGAACACGACGCCAUCAGCCGACAUGGCCACGAGCUUGAUAAAGCGAAGCAGCAUGUCCAAUCCAGACAAAUACCCCCUCUAUGUCUUCCUCAUCAUUCUCGGUUGCGUAGUCGGCACCCUGAUCGGAUUCAGUAUAUACAUAAUGUACCACGGUCUCGACGACUCGGACAGAGCCAAGGAUGUACCAUACGAGCAACGAAAGUAUAUGCGUGAGAGCAGACAGCGGAACUUGAACCGUUUGGCGAUUGAGGCUAGGAGACCGGAUAUGAUUAUUCCUAUCGAGGAAUUGAAUGUAUGA